CGUUUCAAAACUCAAAUCUGUGUGGGAUUUUAACGUUGAUGUUUUUUCUCAAUCUGGGCACUAAGUUUGAUUCAGGUUCCAUAGAAGGAAAGUGGCAGUGGAUUUUUUGGUCAUGAAUUUAUGAUGCUUCCUCGCUUUCUGCAACAAAUUUUGACCGCCCAGACCACGAUUAAACUGCCAGCCUUGUAUCCCUGCAAUUCCCAACUGCGUCAAGAAGAAGACCGAUCGGCAUAAAUACAUAAAAUCGGGUUAAAAAAUUAACAAAUACAAUACAUAAAUUAGUACUUAAAACCCCAGAAAAAUAGAUGAGGAAAGAGCAUGGCACUCAAAUCAAAGAGGGGCAGCAUAAAAGAGAGAAACUUGGAGUGUAACAUGUGAGAAAGCUCACAGCACAGGGCUACACAAUCGUGCCAAGAGGCACAAAGAGGAAGAAACUUGAAUUUUUUUUUAGUGAUUUGAAGAGUCCAAAUUGGUUUUACACCAAGGGACUUAAAAAUCAGAGUAGAGAUGCCUCCACUUUAAAAGUUUUAACAGUAUUUUUUGUCAGAAGUGGACAAGAAUUCUCACUUUGAAGCCUAUUGUUGAAGGUGAAGGGCCAGAUGAAGUUAGUUCCAGAUUAAAUUGCAUUGAAUUUUCGGUUAGAUAUGGCACGAAAUACUGGCGGUCACAGUACAAAAAUAGCAGAGGCAUCCAUGGCAGUGGCGCAUUUUGGCUUCCCCGAAGAAAAGGUUAAGGAAACGCUAAAAAGACUGGUAAAAUUGUAUAAAGAUGACUGGAAGUUCAUUGAAGAAGAUAAUUAUAAAGAACUGAUUGAUAUUCUAACAAAGGAGAGGAAUGAGGAAUCAAACUUGAAUCACAAUUUCGAACAGCGGCAUGGCCAGGCUUCAUUUUCUGCUGUUAACUUCGCUAACAAAAAAGCUAAAAUUUUGGGUUCUAGUCCACCAGCUCAGGAUAAAGGAAAGAGUCUAGAAUCUCCUCAAGCUGCUGCUAGAGGAACAAGAUCAAAUUUUGUGAAGGAUAGAGUUAUGGAGGAUAGAGUACAUGAAGGUGUUUCCAAUUCAUCACAGUUUGAUAUUGCAUCUUCAGUCAAUGCAGAAGUGAAGGUCUCCUUAAUUUGUAACUCUUCUGGAAAUUCUUAUUUCAGACAACGGAGUUUGGAUGCAGUUCUAGAAGAGGUGGAAGAUGAAUGCCGCAAAACAUAUGGAAUCCAGAAUCCUGAUUUCUCUUUGGUGAAGUUGAUGGAAAAGGUGUGCUGGUUCUUCUUGGAGAUGGACAACGGUUCUAGCAGUGAAACUGGGAGAAACAUUUGUGAGAAAUCAAAGCAGCCUGAAGGAAAAGAAGUUGUAACAGAUGAUAACGAGGAAAACUCUACAUUGGAGCCGAGUAAGGUUCUACAAGACCCACAAUCUUCAGAACCACAGAUGAUGGAGGCUGUCCUUCAAAAGAAAUACCCCAUUUAUCUCAAAGAUAUAUCUCGUGGUGAAGAUAAUAUACCAGUUCCCCUAGUGAAUGAAAGCAGCACACUAGAGUUGCCAGAUUUUAUCUACAUAAAAAAUAACAUGGUAUACCAAGGUGGCCAUGUUGAUUUUUCUCUUGCUCGAAUAUCAGAAGAUAACUGUUGUGCACAAUGUCUUGGAGAUUGUCUAUCCUCAGACUUGCCUUGUGCAUGUGCUGCGGAAACAGGUGGCGAGUUUGUUUACACGCAGAAGGGAAUGCUGAAGGAAGAAUUUUUGGAUGAAGCCAUUGCCGUGUCUCUGGAUCCUCAAAGAAAACACUUCUACUACUGUGAAAUCUGACCCCUGCAGAAUGAACCGCAACAGAGAUAUGGGAAAAUGAAACGAUGCAAGGGCCAUUUAACUAGGAAAUUUAUAAAAGAGUGCUGGAGUAAAUGUGGAUGCAACAAGAAAUGUGGAAAUCGUGUUGUCCAGCGAGGGAUACGAGUUGCUUUGCAGGUUUUUGCAGCACCUGAAGGGAAAGGGUGGGGUGUUCAAUCUGUGAAUGCCCUGAAGAAAGGCACUUUCAUUUGUGAGUAUGUAGGCGAAAUUGUGACGAAUCAGGAACUGCACGAAAGAAACAAUGAAAGGGCUGCUAAAAAGGAGAGGCAUACUUAUCCAGUGCUGCUGGAUGCAGACUGGGGCUCUGAAAGGAUACUGGAGGAUGAGGAGGCCCUUUGCUUGGACGCAACAGAAUUUGGAAACAUUGGCAGGUUUAUCAAUCACAGGUGUUAUGAUUCUAACUUGAUUGAGAUUCCAGUGGAAGUGGAGACUCCGGAUCAUCACUAUUAUAGACAUGCUUUUUUCACAACUAGAGGUAUUGAGCCGAUGGAAGAGUUGACGUGGGAUUAUGGUAUUCAGUUUGAUGACAAGCAUCAUCCGAUCAAAGCAUUCAAAUGCAAGUGUGGAAGCACGGGCUGCCGAGACAAGAAAAGACGGCAUUAAUCUAUUGAUCGAAGUUAAUUUUUAGUUGCUGCAUAAUGAGAUGGUAGCCAGUUCUGAAUCAGAAAGGGAAAUAUCAUACCAUUGUGUGGUUCAAAAUAAGAAGAAAAACCUCAUGGAUUAACCGCCAUUGAGGAAAAUCAUUAAACUCUUUUGAUUUCCGAUCUUUAUUUUAUCUGAGGAUACAUUACCUUUUAAUCUUGUAUCCAUCUUUUUUCCUAGUUAAUAGGAUCUUUUUUUUUACCAGCAUACCCUUCCAAUCCAUAUUGAAGCAAGAAAGGGUAGGAAUUCACAGGUUUUUUGCUGUCGAAUUCUUACCAUUGAUGCUUACUUCUUAUUUUCUUCCA